AUGAUGUUAAUGAUGGCUCAGCGUCCUGAGCCUAUUGCAAUGUUAAAUCAUCGUGGUGAACGAAUGAUGUCGUUGCCGUAUUAUACCAAGCCAAUGGGCCAGGCAAAGAAGAAAACACGUAAACUCUCAGUCAUGGAAGAUCAUAAGGAUGAUUACUAUGAACAUGUGGAACAUUUGACCAAGAAACAGCGAAGUGACAAUAAUAUUGAACCCGAACUGGCGUCCUUUGCUACGUUGUUUACUCGUCAGGAAGAAAAUCGUGAGAAAAAUUCACCCUUUGAGCUACAUUUACAGGCGAUUUAUCAAGGAAAUACAGAGGAUGGUGUCCACUUUUUUGAAUCCCAUGGAUAUUAUGAUAUCACAGAUGCUAAUACCGUCGCUAUGUUUCGACAAAAUUUUGGACUUGGGGAUGAAUUUUGGCUUGAAAAAGAAGAUGCCAACGACAUGACUGCUAAACACUUAAUGGUACAUAGUACAACUACUUCAAGUCCAGCUGUUUAUCCAUUUGGAUCAAACCAAGAAAUUAUGAGUUCACGCUCGCUAUUACGUCGUGAAUGUAGUCAUUCGGGCAGGUUUAUGCUCUUGGAUGAUGAUGGAAAUGAAGUAGAUGAGCAUACACUAUGGGAAAUGGAACGAGAAGAUCGACUGAAAGCCAAGAGUCUGGAAUUAGAUGAUGACGAACUUGCUGAACUUGAGCGUGAUCAGGUGGUACUGGUACAAGCAAUAACGGUUAUUCGCUCCGAGAAGAGUCAGUUGCAGCAGUUGUUUAUGCAAUCGUCUGAUGAUGAAGAGUCUCUUGCUGUUCACAGUCCCAGUCCUGUGCUACGUCAGACCCAACGACCUGAGGUACCAAUGGCCAUACCUCAGGUGGAUCUGGAACUACCGCCAUACUGCGGGUAUGUGAAUUUACUCAAAGAUACGAUCCCAUUUUUGAUGCGCAGUUGGCAUAAACGCUGGUUUUACUUGGAUUUCCAAGCAGGUGUUGUGCUCAUGUACAAACGUAGCUAUUGGAAGAGUCCACGUGGUGUUGUGGACCUUCGCAAUGUCGCACACAUUGAGAAAAUGAGCCAAGGUGACUUUCGUAUUGAAUUUCACAACACGGGUGCGAAUGCCCCUUCAAUGAUGCUCAUGCGCUCAAAGUUGCCGGAAGAGGCUGAACUAUGGGUGAAUUUGCUGCGCUUUGCGAAGCAAGCGUCCCGUGGUGCACCUCGUCUCAUUGGGUCGUUGAUGGACAACACCAAGGCGAUCAUGAAGAAGGUUAACAAGAAGAAUCAGGUUGACAUUCUAGCGCAGAUAAUGACCAACUCGGCGAACAGUGCGGGGUCAACCAACUUGCGUGCAAUUGCUCAGGCCUCGGCAGUAGCAGCAUCAGCUGUCUCCAACAGACGCGGCAGCACGAGGCACUGA